CAUACAAGGAACAGAAGGGUUUCAUCCGGAGCAGUUAGGGAUUGGUGCAGCAACUCGGAAGUGAACAGAAAAUGCUUCCUCUCCAUGCGCUUCCAGACAUCGAGAAGAUGGUGGUCACCCGGCGGUCAGCUCAACUAAGGGAAUCGGAGACGGGGAGGAAUGAUCACCCCACAGGAGCGGAGCUGACUUCAGUGGAAGGCAGCACAUCUUUGAGGACAACUAGGAGCAGAAGUAAAGCGAAUUCCCAUACAAAAGUCAUUCCUGAAACUCAUGUUGAGAAAAUGAAGGAAUCUGAAACAAAAGUGGAUGUGGAAGAGCCCCCUGAGGCACACACAACCCUGAUUAGGAGUAAAGCUGUGAAUUUAGCAGACUCGGUGGCUGAUCUGCAGGCUGAUGGGGAUAUUUCUGAAGCAGAAUCACAUUGUUCCUCUGUGUCUGGUCUUCAGACACCUUUGUUUAUAAGAAUAACAAGAAGGCGGCAAAUUGUAGUUCCUUGUCAGCUAGAGAGUCCUAGUAAAAAUAGGCAAAGCAAGAAAGCUCUUGCAAGUGAAGGAAGCAGACGUCAAGAAGAUGAUGACCUUUCUGAAGCAGACUCGUGUUCCUCCACCAUUUCAGGAGUGCGGACUCCAAGUGUUGCAAGAAUCACUAGAAUUCGGCAAGUCAAGAUUAAUGUUUCACCAGUGUGUGAGGCCCAAACUGAAGAGGUUUCUGAUGCGGAAUCGUGGUGCUCAGGUAUUUCUACAGAGCCAUCUGUUCAGUUUAAACGAGUAACGAGGAUCAUGCGGCAAAGAUUACCAGUAGAAGCAACAUCUCACUCUGAACGAAAAAGUGGAGUUGUGGUGGAAGAUGCAAAAUUGACUGACUGUGUAACUAAAUCAGAGACUAUUGUAAUUUCUGAUUCAGAACAACCCACAAAUUAUGAUUUAGAUGCAGAACAACCGUGUUCUCUCUCUUCCUCUUGCAUAAAUGUGCAACCUAGCCCACGUAAAACAAAGUGCAAUUCUCAAUCUGUUGUCAGCAGUGAUCUAAAACAGAUUUUUUCAAGCAGCCCCCCCAAAAUGACAAGCGAAUGCACCAAAAAAUCACCUAAAAAAAACAGGCCAAAGGAGACAGACUGUGAAUCUCCAGCUAGUGCAGAGAUAAAGAUAGGAGAGAAAAAAGAUAUAAAGGAAUCAAUUCCAAAACAAGUAUCAGCUGAUGCAUAUGAAAUCAUGGAGAGCACAGAGGAAGUGUGUGAUCUAACUUUAGAAAAAUCCAUAAAGGUAACUGAAAACCAAUCACCUAUAAAAAAGCAUUCAGACAUCUUUGGAUAUGAUCUCAUAAAUCUUGAUCAAUCUAGUAUGUCCCUGAGACAAACAGCCCCUAACAAAAGCAAUAGCAAUGUGGUACCCCAAAAAAUGAAUACCAGAAAGAUUACACGGAGUUGUCAGCAUCACAUAGAAGAGGUAAUAGAUUUAGGCAAGCCAUCAAAAACAGGUAGUCCACAAAAGAAUAUUAUCCCAUCACAAAGAAUAGAGAGUGAUGAUGAUGGCAGCAUUUCUGUUGCAAGUACACACAGCAGUGAAAGCCAAGAUGAGCCAGUUGCUGAAUCCUCUUCAUGUGCAACCAAAACAGGACAUGAAAAAUGUUUGACUGUGUCACUUACAAGUAAUGAGAGUGAUGAAUCUGAAAACAGUGAUUUAGAAGAAAUUAAUGAAGUAGAAAUGAUUGCUAGUUCUGCAUAUGCUGGUAAUAAAAAUACAUUAGCCUUGGACAAUUCACGCAGUGAAGAACUAUUUGUAAUUGAUAAAACUGGCAUGGACUCCACCAAAGCAUGCUAUUUAGAGGAGGACACAGCAGAUGAUGAACAAAGUGAGGACUCCUCAGAACUGGAAGAUUAUGAAGAGGAGUUUAUAGAUGAGGAUGAAGAUUUAAUAAAUGGAAAUAAUAAAAUUUUAUCGUUUUCAAGCAGCAUUGAUCCUGGCCUAAAUGUUAAAAAUCUUGGAGGUUUAUAUAUUAGCUUUGAUGCAGGAAAGCAGAAACCUGGCUCUCAUGGAGUUGUGUCACUAAAGGAAAACAAGAAAGAUGAGCUUUUGCAGAAGAGUGUUAUAACACCAGAUUUUGAAAAAAAGGAAUGUAUUCCAUUAAAAGAAUCAGUCCAUCAGUUGAAGAAGCAACGUAGGGCAGAGCGAGAGAAAACAACUGGUGAUGGUUGGUUUGGUAUGAAAGCCCCAGAAAUGACUGAUGAAUUGAAAAAUGACCUUAAGGCGCUGAAGAUGAGGGCAGCCAUAGAUCCUAAGAGAUUUUAUAAAAAGAAUGAUAGAGAAGGCCUUCCCAAAUACUUUCAGGUUGGAACUAUUGUGGAUACUCCAUUAGACUUCUAUCAUGCCCGAAUUCCCAAGAAAGAGAGGAAGAAAAACAUUGUGGAAGAACUUCUAGCAGAUUCUGAGUUUAGAAGAUAUAAUAAAAGAAAGUAUCAAGAUAUCAUUGCUGAAAAGGCAGCCCUUGCAGCAGGCAAGAAGAAUCGAAAGAAGAAAAAAUUUCACAAAUAGAUUAAAAAAAAAUAAGACUGAACUUAAUUUUUAGUAGUGAAUUUAUGUAAAAGAUUUUGCAAAUGGUGGACUGAGAAUCUAUCACAUCAGCAACAAGAGGACAAGGCUGGCCCUGGUUUUCCAACGUUUUGGAAAUGAAAUUGAAAUCUUGACUGAAAUACACAAAAGAGGAUGGAAUUAAGCUUCAAAGAAAAAUAGUAAACCUGUACAAAAUCAGAUAUUCUAAAUAUGUAUGGGUAAAUGUAUAUGAACAUUUUCUUUUCAAAAAAUUAACUUCAAAAUCUUAAAACGAAAAUAUUUGAGUUUUGGCUGUCAUAGAAAGAUAUAAAACCUGUGUUGUUUAUCCAUUAAAGUAUUUUCAUGUAUUCACAA